CGCGUUCCCUUUCUGUCGCUGUGGAAACGACACGAGCGCAGAAAGUUUGUCGACAGUGCGGCUGAAAAGAUGAGUUUGAAUUUGGAGGCUUACUUCGGGUCAGUUUUCGAAGAACGACUCAAAUUAAAUAAGUUCGCGCAGAAGGAUUUGGCGGAUUCGAGUACAAGCGUAAUGAAACUCGUGGAGGCGCGCGACGAGUGCGCGAGUCUGACCAGGGCACUGGAAUCUCAGAAAGAGGAGAUGCAGAUUAAGCAGGAGAAUUUAAGAGAGAGAGACGAAAACAUUAAGAAAGAAGAGGAGAAACUGAAGAAAUCCGUGCUGAAAUAUAACAAGUUUUUGCAAGAAAAUGAUGCCAGACGGUUGCGUGCCUUAAAGAAAGCUGAAGCGGAGCAGGCUCAAAUCAGACUGAAAGAACUGGAGAUUCAGAAGCUACAGACAGAGAACGACAAGCUGCUGGCACGAAAAGAGAAUCUGGAGGAUCGUGUCAGAAAAGCCAUAUGCUACCAAGAGUUCCUGGAGAGAGCCACAAAAAUGUCCGGAAAGUUUGAGACCAUUGGUCAAGUCAUUGACCGUCUUCACACACUCCAGUCCAUCAACAAGGAACUCCUAGAAAGCCAAACUAGGUUGGAGAAGGAGAGAGAGAGCACAAAGCUCAAACUAAUACAAUACAUAAAUAAACAGCGAACUGUUCUCCUGCACUGUAACAACCAACUGCACCAGCAACAGACGCAGCUAGACAACAUACGCCUAGAAGCAUACAAAUGGGAAUUAAAACUAAAGCACUUCCAUUCCACUGCAGCAAAAGAGACGCUCCAGUUUGCUCAACUAAAGGCCACAAUCUGUAACAUUUGUCAGAUGAUCACACAUUACAGGAAAGUCUCUGUGGACACUGAGGACACCUUCAAGCAGCUGGAAAUGAUUCAGAAAUAUUUUCAGCUCAUGAGAGCUAUAGAUGAUGAACUGAAGUUCAACAUUAUAACAAGGUCGAAUCGAACUGAAGGGAAUGACAGCGGUGGAGAUUAAGACCCAAGAUCUGUGUACCCACAGUACAUCCACUGAAUAUGGACAGAUGCAUCUAAGCUAAAUAAAAAUCAUCACCUGGCCAACCAUCAGGAUUGUGCACUGUGGUGAGAGGGACAGCAGGAAUAUUGCCCAGGAACACGGAGAUUAAAAGGAUGUUUAACCUAAACAAAAAGGGAAUGUGUACACUUGAAUGCUUUAUGAGUCUCACAGUCACAGUGAGCUUUUUAAUUUUUAAUAACAAUUUUUAAUCUAAUAACACAAAUGCUAAUGGUGAUAGUCUUGUGCUGUGCUUUCAUGUCGUGCUUUCUUUCAUUUCCCUUUUCCCCCUUUCCUUUCUAGGGCUUUGCGUUGGCCUUCAUGGCCUUCAUGCAUACACAAAAGCCUCUCCAAUGGGCCUGAAUACUAGUGGCAGCUUGGCUCCGCAUCUCUCUUUCUCUUUCCUGUUGUUCCCUCUGCUUUUGAGGCUUCUGUCGCUCCUCCAUAAUCUGGGAGUACUCCAGGUCCAUAAAUGCAGAAUGUUUCUCCAGUUCUCCCAGCUCUGUGAUAUCUGCUUCAUAUACAUAUAUCAUUUCCUCCAACUCUGUCUAUCCACACAUAUAAACAUACAGAAUCAAAUGCACAUAUGCAUAAAGACAACAUAUAUAGUACAUUUUUAAAAUACAAUCACACAGUAAAAGUGACACACACACACACAUAUAUAAAAUAAUAUUAUAUUUAUGUAAUUAAAUCAUGAAAUCAUGGCUGUGAAAUAGUGUAGGCAUGAUAUCAUGAUUUAAGUAAAUAAAUAAAAAAUGUAAUUUAUUCCUGUGAUCCAAAGUUAAAUUUUCAGCAGCCAUUACUCUAAUCUUCAAUGUCACAUGAUCUUUAAGAAAUCAUUGUAAUAUUUGGUGCUCAGGAAACAUCUCAUUAUUAUUAUUUUUAUAAGUUGUCUGCUGAUUUUGUGUGUGUGGGGGGGGGGGGGCAUUUCUUUUUUUAAAGAGCAGCAUUUGUUUGGAAAUCAUUUUUGUAGCAAUGUCUUUGCUGUCACUUUCGAUCAGUUCUGUGCUGAAUUUCUUUUUCAAGAAAAAUAAUCCAAAUGUUUCAAUGGUAUCUGCAAAUACAUCUGAAACUGCACCAUCAUCAGUAAAUAUCAGAUUAAUGUCUACCUGUUUCUCUCCCAUUGCAGUAUCAUAUCUCUGGAUCCAGUUCUCAAUCUCUGUUUCCUCCUUGUAUUUUUUUUCUGUAUAUCAAAACCAGCAACAAUUACAACAAACUCAUGCUCACUUUUUAACUGAAUGACCCUUGAAUGAGCAUAAAUACACCUUUCGUAGUGCAUGUUCUCUCUCUCGGUCCGCUGCAAUCACAUUAUUGAGCUGAGCUCUCAGUUGACUGCCUUCCUGCUGUAAACAAGCUCUCUUCUCCUCUCAAGUUUUUGAAUCUGACUGGCUCUGUUUCCCAGUGUCCUGUUGAGUACGAUGAAGUCCUCCCAACCCUUUUCCAUCUGAUUCAGUGAGCUCCUCAGCUAGUGCACUUUAUUUGUCAAUGUGGAAAUCUGAAUAGGAGCAAGAGCCAGACAAAGAAAGAAUGAAAGCAAUGAUGAGACCAAGUAGUUUGGAGAAUUUAUUAAUUUGUCAUCCAACUAAUCUCUCAACUAUUUAUCCUAUCUUAUUCCUUGUCAUGCUUCUGACCUUUGUAUCCUUGUCUUUUAUUGCCAUGGCAACUUCUUUUUCCAAUUUGGCAGAGUGACACAUAAUGUGUGAUUUCCAGCAUCAUCUCUCUGCGAUCUCUCUCCUCUGCAGGUGUAGUGAGAAGCCUCUCCAACACAAUCUCUCUCAACUCACACAGGCCAUCUCUCAGUUUCUGAGACUCCAUCUCUACCCCUGGGUU